UUUCCAGGUACAUGUAUUCGUGUUUACCCUACUCCCAAUUCCAUAUUCUUUGUGAUAUUUUUUAGAUUGAUAACAGUUCCUUUUCUACAAUUUUUCACCUUGCAUAACUUUGAUAGGCCUGGUUACCAACUAGGUCUAGUUGCUUCCGAAUUUGAUGCUUGCAUCAAUCCACUUGAGCCCGAUCCGGGACCGUCUGGAGUACUAGAUUUAUCGCAUGCCGAGAUAAAUCGCUUACAUCAAUAUUAAAAUACCUUUCGAAAACCUUGUGCAAUCAGCAUACAUGUGUGUAGUGGUAUAAUACAUGAUAAAGUAGCUACUCUGUAUUUUGUUUUAUCACAUAUCAGCAGAUUAAAGCUUUCAUAACAAAAUGUAUUAAUGUGUAUAUUGAUAUAAGCGAUAGUGGCGUGACUAAACGAAAAUCAUGGACACGAUCGGAGAGAGGAAAACUGAGAUCACCGAAAAGCUACAAAGAAGAGAAGAAGAGCGUCUUGCAGGACUGCAGAGGAAAAAAGAAGAAAGGGGAAAUGAUUGGGGAAAUGAUUUAACAACGCUUGAAGGCGCCAAGUAUUUUAUAGAAAAUUUUAACAAAGAAAAGUCCGACAUACUGGGCACACUGGAAAAAAUUGACACACUCUGUAAAAGUGAGACUAUAAUUGAACUUGACAGAGCUACGGAAAGACUGUUAAGUCUGCAAAAGUUCCACGCAGAUUCCACCAUGUUUUUACCUUCAUAUGAUGUCAGACAAAGCCAGGAAGUUCUCAGCAAUUUGCAGUCCCGUAUUCAAGAGAAAAGAGAGAAGCUCUAUCCCAAAAAGAAGUUUGCAUUUUCUUCGAAAAAGAAAUCCACCAAACAAGAAGAAAACAAGAAAGAAUCCAAUAAGAUGAUGCCAAUUGCACAUGAAUAUGGUGUACAACUGUCUGACUGUACAAUUCAAAAGAAAUGUCAUGAAUGUAUAGAAAUGACGGAUACUGCACUGAUUAAGAAAGAUGUAGGUUUAUUUGACAGCAGUUUUUGCACUUUCAGAUUAUUUGGUGCCCCUUCAACUGUUCACAUAAAGAAUUUAACAGAUUGUGUCAUUAUUUCUGGUCCUGUGUCAAGCUCUAUCUUUAUUAGCGAUUGUAAAAACUGCACAUUUGUGAUAGCUUGUCAGCAACUGAGAACACAUUCAACAACAAAGUCGAAGUUUUAUCUGCAUGUCACGAGUCGAGCAAUUAUAGAGGACUGUUCACAACUAGAAUUUGCACCAUACACCCUCAGCUACAUGAAGUUGGAGGAACACUUCGUUGCUGCAGGACUAGACAAACUGAAAAACCAUUGGAAUGAUGUUGAUGAUUUUAACUGGCUUGCCAGUGAUGUACACUCUCCAAAUUGGAGUAUCAUUAGUGAAGAAGAAAGAGAAAAAUUUUGUUAUUAAGAUAUUUGUGUCCAUAAUUAUUUAAGAUGUAUUGACAUUCAUCAUGUCCUUAAAAUUACCAAAUUAUAAUUGAGUUGCUUGAGCUUGCUGCAUUGAUAGGAGCUUUUUGAUAAUGAAUUUUUUUUAGCCACCUGUAUCUCCAAUAAACCUGAACAAAAUAA